ACCUUUACCUCCAAACGCCCUCUCCAAUUUCAAAGCAUCCGUGGAAUUCCAGACUACUCUUCUUCUCACAAACGCGACUCAGCUACCUUGAUCACUAUGAACCACCUUCCGCAAGCCUGGGGCCGUCCAAGGGACGAUGUCUAUGGCGCCUACGAUCCUUCACACUUCCAGACUGAUGGCCCAAAUCAGCAUACGCAGAGUCCGAUCGUCACCGGUACCUCGGUCCUCGCGGCGAAGUUCAAGGAUGGUGUAGUCAUUGCAGCGGACAACCUGGCUUCAUAUGGCUCACUUGCCCGCUUCACGGACGUUAAGCGCCUACGGAAAUUCAACGACGAGGUAGUGGUAGGCUUUGGCGGCGACGUCUCAGACAUGCAGUACCUUGACCGCCUCCUCAACUCCCUCGACAUCCGCGAAAACUACUCCUCUGCCGAGACGCCACUCAACGCGAAAAACCUCCACACAUACCUCGCCAAAGUCAUGUACAACCGCCGAUCGAAGUUCGAUCCGCUGUGGAAUCACCUGCUGAUAGCCGGUCUGGACGGCGAGUCGAAGCCUUUCCUGGCGAGCGCGGAUCUCCUUGGUACCACCUUCUCUUCGCCUUCGCUAGCCACCGGAUUUGGAGCGCAUCUUGCGCAGCCGCUCUUGAGAACAAUCUUGCCAGAUGAGGCAUCAGUACAGAACGUCACUAGAGAGCAGGCAGUAGACAAGAUCAAGGAGUGCAUGAAGGUUCUUUUCUACAGGGACGCCAGGAGUAUGGACAAGUAUUCGAUUGCUGUCAUCACGAGCGAGGGCGUUGAUCUAGACGAGGACGUGAAGCUGGAGAACCAGAGCUGGGCCUUCGCGGACAGGAUCAGGGGAUACGGUACGCAGACGGCGUAAGCCGGAGUCUCCACGAUCGAAUAGGGAUCACACUCGAACAAAUGCCGCGAGAUGAUCUCUAAGGCUAUAGUCGAAUGAAAGACAUGAAUGAAUGUACCAAUACCGGUAUGACAUCACGAUUUCUGCAUAAUAUCUUUCGUCUCAGUCAUGCCCAGAUUUGUCAGCUGUGAUAUAGGUCUACCAUAAUAGCCAAUAGCAACUGCCCAGGUUGGCGAGUUAUAGCUUACUAGCGGGGAAGCUUUGUCACCCAAAUAAGGAGCAUAUAUCUAAGUGAGAUGUGGCUUCGUGUAUCCAGGAUAUCUCUACACUGUUCUGUGCAAAGUACAAUUUCGUCU